AUGGUUUCAAUUGACAAAUUAACGAGGGAAGAGCUCACUACAAUCAUUGCUAAAGAAUUAAACAUUGAUGUUGCAUUUCCUUGUUUUUCUGUUGAAGAGCAAACAAGUGCUACUGUUCAUAAACACUGGCUUUCCAUUUUGGAACAAGCAAGGCUUGGUGAAACUACUCAACUUAAAAGAUACACCUACACUCGUUCAACCCUUAACUCUCAACCUUCUGACCAUAACAACGAUGAUCGUCAAUCCCUAACAACAAAUGUUUUAGUAAGCGUUUUUCUGAAGCGUCAUUCUCCUGCUGAUAGAAGAUCACAGAUUUUUAUUCAGAAAAACGUUGUUUCAAAUCAUGAGAUCGAUGAAUCAAUUAUACCACUUAGAACAUUUCUUAAAGAGCAACUUGACGGAAAAUCCACGCUAAGUUUAGCUGAAAUCGAAGCACGAUAUAAUAAUUAUUAUCCAUUGUUUUCUAAUGAUCCAUCUAAUAACACCGAUCAAAACUAUACUAUAACACAAAAGGCAUUUGUGGAAAAAUUUAUAAAAUUAUUAUAUCCAAAAAGUUCAUAUUUUCAAAUAUUACCGCAAUCUGACAAUCCUGGAACAUUGACUGUUAAAUUAAUCUCAAAAUAUAAAAAUAAUCAAAAUGAAAUAAGUCGAGCAUCUGCGCCAAAUCUUAUUGAUAUUUUUGCUGUAUUGGAAUCAGAAAAUGCAUUUUAUUUCAUGGCUCCAUAUAGAGGCACUACUUUACAUGAUCUAUUGAAUUAUAGUUAUGGUGUAUUAAAUUCCAAUGUCAAAAAAUCAUUCAUUGUCUAUCAAUUGCUUAGAACAAUACAAAAUCUUCAUAGAAAAGGCAUAAUUCAUGGGGGGUUGAAGCCAUCAAAUAUUCUUGUAGAUGAUAAUCUUUGGAUUAAGCUUACAGGAUUUGAAUGUUCCAUACCGAUUGAUAAUAAUAUUUUAGAAACUAAAAAUGCAAUUAUGGAAAUGAAAAUUCCAAAAGGUCGACGUAUUGGAGAUCCAAAUUUUCAUCCGAUAUUACCAUGGAUUACUGAUUUUAAAGGUUCAAAAGUAACCAAAUAUGAACCAAAUGAAUAUUUACCUUCAAUGAAAAGAUUAUUUGAAUGGACACCUGACGAAUGUAUUCCUGAGUUCUACACUGACCCAAGUAUCUUUACUUCAAUUCAUCCUGAUAUGCCAGAUCUACAAUUACCAUCUUGGGCAUCCUCACCCGAUGAAUUUAUCCGCAUACAUUCUGAAGCAUUAGAAAGUGAUUAUGUAUCAAGUCAAUUACAUCAUUGGAUUGAUUUAACUUUUGGGUGUAAACUGAGCGGUGAUAAUGCUGUGAAAGAAAAAAAUGUCGCAUUGCCGCUUUUAGAUGGUCAGGGUUCUUUUAUAAAACAUGGAAUUACACAAUUAUUUUCUGAUCCUCAUCCUCAAAAAUCUAAUAAAAUUGCAAGAAAUAGAUUAUUAAAUAAUGGAGGAAAGAUAGGAUUUGAAGACUAUCGUUUAAUUUCACCCAUGAAAAGGAUUCCUUCAAAAUUAACCCAUUCGUCAGAUAAAUUGAAUCAACAGCAGUUGCAGUAUCUGCAAAAACAUCAGCAACAACAAGUUGAUCUUAUGGCUGAUUCUUUUAUUAAUUCAGAUAAGACUGUAGGAAAAUAUCAAACUGUAUCAGCAAAAUCAAAAUCACCCAAACUUAGACCAGUUACAGCAACCAGGUCACAUUCUUUAUACGAUGUCAUAAAUCAUGAUAUUAGUAAAGAUAACACACUUUCACCACUAGCAACGCCAAAUGAUUUUAAAGAUGUACAAUCUCGUAUUGAUACUCUUGUUGCUAUUAUCAAUAAAUUGCCAAUCAAGUUUUUAGACGAGUUAAAUGAUAAUUAUUUUAUUGAGACACUUGAUAGUUUUGAAAAAGCACAUUUCUUUUCUACAAAAUAUAUUGAGAAUAAACCUAUUAUUAAUAAUAAGGAUGUUUUAAUUGAUGGUGGUUUUUGUGGUGAUGAUAAUGAUGGUUUAAAAGACUCAUUUGCAUACGGAAGAGCGUGGGAUGCAUAUUGUCUUGGUCAGAUAAUGGAAAGUAUUUAUGCUAGCCCAAAAAAUACUUUGACUUCUUCACUUGACAGCCACUCACUAAAUGCUACCAAUAAUGAAAAUGGUGAAAGCAAUCAAUCCAAGCUGCCAUUAUCUGUUCAAGAAACAAUAUCAUCAUUAUUAUCUCCAAAUUGGAGAGAACGUCCAACAAUUGAUGCAAUAAUUUAUUCUUCAGUGCCUGCAAUAGGCUUAUAUGAAAAAGAAACGCUACCAUUACCUGAAUGUAUUCCAGAAGUUUACGAAUUUCUGACUGAUUUUCAUAAAGUAGAUUGGGUAGGAAGACUUAAGUUAGCUGAACAUUGGAUGAAUAAACUUUGUAACCUUGUUGAUGAGGCGUUUUAUAUGAUUUUACCAAGCUUAAUACUUUUAUUUACGCACGAUGAUAUUAAAUUCGAAGCACUAAGCAUAUUUCCAAAGCUAGGCCAAAGAUUAGGUCAAGAUGAAGUAAAAAGCCAUCUUUUAAAACCUAUACUUUCUUUAUUUGAGUCAUCAAGACCAUCAAUUCCAAAAAUAUUAUUUGAAUCGACUAUAAUAGAAGAAUUUAUACAUAGAUUUGGCAUUACAAAUUUUUUACAACAAUUAUUACCUUUGUAUUUGGAAGCAUUGACUAUAGAAGAAAAGGUUCUUUUGAGUCCUUCAAGUGGCAGUAACAAUAGUUUUCAUUUAGAUUUAGCUAAACAAAAGAUUUUGACAGAAGUAGAUUAUGUAUCAAGUCCUGUUUCUAUUCCUACAGCUAAUAAAGAUAUUUCUAGUUUGGACAAUGCAAUUCCAUCAGUCGCUCAACUGGCAAAUUCUGCUUUAGUAGAAAUAUGUACAUUAAUAGGGCCUAUAUUAACUUCUAAAAAUGUAAUGAGACAAGUAUACAAAAUGUUUUUAAAAGAAAGUUCUACUUUGCCAUUUUUAAUGCAAUCAAUUUUUGCAAUUGGAAAUCAAUUUGGUGAAACUUUUGCUCAUUUACAAGUAACACAAUAUGAUUAA